AUGGCAGCUCCGGCGACUCUUCCAGCUCUACUAGAACAGCUGACACAGUCGUUGUCGUUGACACAAGAGGCUGCCCCGGCACUUUCUACAAUCGAGCAUCCCAAAGAUGGUAUUUCGCUACUAGAUGUGAAGAACGAGGUGCUCUUGUCCUAUCUAGAAAACCUCAUUUUUCUCAUUCUGCUCAAGAUUCGGAAUCACAAGAAGUCGCCGAGUGUAUCGAAGGAGGGCAACUUGGACGAAGAGGUUCGCUCAAAACUUGUCGAAUUACGAUUAUACCUCGAAAAGGGUGCGCGUCCGCUGGAGGAGAAGCUCAGAUUUUCGAUUGAGCGAUUCCUUCGCUCCGCAGAUGACGCACAACGCGAAGAGCAUGCCAAAGAACAGCAAGCCAAUGGCAACGCGAGAACGGGCUCCGAGAGCGACGAAGACGAGUCGGGCUCCGGAUCUGACGACGACGAAGAUGAGGAAUCAGAAGCUGAGCCGCAAAAUACUAAACGCAAAACGCCGCAUGGGAAGAUGACUGCUGCCCCCAAAUUCGGCAAUCUUGUGGAUGAUGUAACUGCGCGACCUGCGCAGGGGGACGGUGCUCCGUCCGGGGUCUACAGGCCACCCAAGAGAGAUCGCCAAGUCAUGGAUACCGGCGCGCGCAAAGAAAAGGUCGAUCGCCGUCCCAACAGAUCACGAACCAUGGAAGAGUUUGUCAACUCCGAGCUCUCCGCAGCACCCAUGGCUGAGCCUAGCAUCGGCACCACCAUUGUGCAAGGCGGCCGCAAGACGAAGACUACAGCAGACCGCGAGGCCGAGGCUGAGCGUCGCGAAUACGAAGAGACCAACUACACACGUCUCCCCAAAGAGAGCAAGAAGGACAAGGCUAAGAAGGCUAGCCAAGAUGGCAGCAGUCGCCGUAUGCAGUUUGGUGGCGAGGAAUGGCAUGAUUUGGGUGAAGGCGUCGAUCGCAUUGAUCGCCUCACAAAGCGCAAGGAGGGUGGCAGAGGCGGCAACGUCCGCGCGAUGCUGGACAAGAGCCGCAAGCGUGGCCGCGACACUACGGAUGGUCCUAGAGGGAGCGGGCAUGGGAGCGGGCAUGAGAUGGGUGACAGGUUCAAUAAAAAGGUCAAGAUGCUGGAAGCUGGGCGCAAGGACAGGGGGGAAAACAGGUAG